GUGGCUUGUGGUCCGGUUGGCCACCAGGUGGUGUCAGCGGAAGUUGCAGGCAGAGCUAAAGAUUGGCUCCUUCCGAUUUUUUUGGAUCCAAAAUGUCAGUCUUAAGUUUCAGCAGCACCAGCAGACGGUGGAAAUUGACAAUUUGUGGAUUUCCAGCAAACUCCUUAGCCAUGAUCUACCACACUAUGUGGCGUUGUGCUUUGGAGAAGUACGCAUCAGAACAGACCUACAGAAGGUUUCUAGCCUCUCUGCCCCGUUCUCUCAGAACACGGAGGUGGAGCAGAAGGAGCCAUCCCUUAGCCCAUCCUUGUUGAAGAUCUUCUGCCAACUAUUCUCCAUUCACGUAGAGGCCAUAAACAUCAUGGUUCUCAAGGUGGCCACCUCUGAGUCCCUGUGGCACAUCCAGAUGAGCAGAAGCAGGUUUCUUGUGGAUAGUGAUGGGAAAAGUCUAAUCUGUCAGGUGAACCUAUCAAAGAUCAAUAGCAAAAUCUUGAAGAGCGGUCAGCUGGAGGAUACAUGCCUAGUAGAGCUCUCACUGGCCCUGGACCUGUGUCUGCAGGUGGGCAUCAACAGUUGGCACCUGAGGGCUAUCACUGUGGAUGUGUGGACGCUCCAUGCUGAGCUCCAUGAAGGUCUCUUCCAUAGUCAACUACUGUGUCAGGCCCCAGGCCGGAUAUCCAAGUCUGUUUCUUGUUCAGAUUUGACAGAAAACCCUGCUGAACCAACUCUGCCUGGCCUAUACCUCCUCCAGCAACUGCCAGACCAGGUCAAGGUGAAGAUGGAGAACACAAGUGUGGUGUUGUCUAUGAACAGUCAAAAGAGGCACCUGACUUGGACCCUGAAGCUGCUGCACUUCCUGUGCCACCGUGAUGAGGACCAGCCACCCCUUCGCAGCUUCACAGCCAGAUAUGAUAUGGCACAGAUGAGCACUGAGCUCAUACUGGAAGGUUCAUGGAAGGGGUUACUGUUACUAAAGAGAAGGGAGGACCAGCAUUCUGUGUUUAUGCCCAGCAUGGUUCCGUAAUUUAAUAUCAUUGUAACUGGGGUAGGGAAGGAGGGGCCAUAAUGAGAGAAAAUGACCCUAACUUACAGGUGUUGAUAACGA